AAUAAAUUGCCUGCAGGCAUGAAGGAGUUGACUAAUUUGCAUCAUCUUGAUGUCAGUGGAACUAAAAUUGAAGAGAUGCCGGUGCAAAUGGGUAGAUUGAAAAGUUUGAGAACAUUGACUGCAUUUGUUGUGGGCAAAUCUACUGGGUCAGGCAUAAGAGAACUGAGGGAGUUCCCGCAACUUCAAGGAAAACUAUCAAUUUUGAAGCUACAAAAUGUAGUUGAUGCGAGGGAUGCACUGCACGCCAAUAUGAAGCACAAGAAAGAUCUCAAGGAGUUAGAGUUUUCAUGGGGUACGGAGGAUGCUGAUGAUUCCCAAAAGGAGAAAGAUGUACUCGACAAGCUCCAGCCUUGCAUGAAUUUGGAGAAAUUAACCAUCGGAUUUUAUGGUGGAACCAAUUUUCCGAAUUGGUUAGGAGACUCGUCUUUUUCUAACAUACGAGUCAUGCAUCUCAGUGACUGUAGUUAUUGUUGGUUGCUCCCACCAGUUGGACGGCUACCGGCACUCAAAGAGCUCUGUAUAGAAAGAAUGAAGUCUUUGAGGACGAUUGGCGUUGAAUUCUAUGACAGAGAUGGAGCUUAUCUGACUCAGCCAUUUCGAUCUCUGGAGAAGCUAGAGUUUAGGGAGAUGCCGGAGUGGGAGGAAUGGGUACCAAGUGGAAGUGCAAGUGGAGGUGAAUAUGGUCCAGACUUUCCUCGUCUCCAGGAGCUGAUUCUAAACGAGUGUCCGAAGCUAAGAGGAAGUUUGCCUUGUGAGUUGCCUUGCUUGAAGAAGCUUACGGUGUAUGGGUGUGAGGUUUUACAUGAUGGAAGGGCGGCUACCGCAACUACCAAUAGUCUUAACUAUAAAUCUCUGGAAGAAUUGGAUAUACAUGGUGGAUGCCAAACUCUGUUAUCAUUAUUAGAGACAAAGCUCCUGUCCCGACUUGACAGACAGUGCUUGCCCAACUGCAAUCGUCUUCAAAGUUUGACUCUUUCGAAUUGUCCAACGCUGUCGUCGUUUCCUAAAGAUGGCCUACCCAGUACGUUGACAUCACUUGAUAUAAACAAUUGUAGGAAAUUAGAAUUCCUACCUCAUGAGAUGUUGGCCAAAUUAACAUCGCUUGACUAUUUGUGCGUACAAAAUAGCUGUGAUUCAAUGAGGUCCUUCCCGUUGGGCAUUUUUCCCAAAUUGACGACGCUUCAAAUUCGUGGUUGUGAGAAUCUGGAAUCUUUUUCCUUGAUUGAAGAAGAAGGAGCUGUUGAGAAUCUUAGCCAUCUCAAUGACUUGCAAGUCUCUAAAUGUCCAAAAAUGGUGUGUUUUCACGAGGGAGAAUUGCCCACUCCCAACCUGAGUCACUUUGUAGUCAGUGAUUGCGAGAAUUUGAAGUCAUUGCCCGAACGCCUUCACACCCUCACAGCCCUUCGAUAUUUGUCGAUAUGGAAUCUUCCGAAUCUGGAGUCAUUUGCAGAAGAUGGGGGUUUGCCUCCCAACCUCCGAUCUUUUAGCAUUUGGAAUUGUAAGAGACUGAGGGCUUCAUCAGUGGGAGAGUACUGGGGUUUGCAAGCACUUGACUCCCUUGAGAUCGAUGGAAGUGACCAUGUCUUGGAGACGUUGCUGUUCCCUGCCACUCUUCACACUCUCCGCAUCUCUGAUCUAUCAACUCUGAAAUCUUUGGACGGAAAGGGUCUUGGACACCUCACUUCUCUUCAAAAGCUAGAAAUUGACAGCUGUCCAAGUCUGGAAUUACUGCCAGGAGAGGAACUUCAACACCUCACUUCUCUUCAAACUCUAAUUAUUAGUUCGUGUGGCAGUCUCCAAUGCCUGCCAGAAGAGGAUUUGCCGUCAUCUCUUUCUCAUCUGAGUAUCUGGCGGUGUCCUCCCCUGGAGAAAAGGUAUAAGAAUAAGACGGGACAAGAUUGGGCAAAGAUAUCUCACAUUCCUUGCAUCAAGAUAGGAUACGAACUGAUCAUAUAAUAUGAGCUAUUCCAUAUUUCAUGCUCAACCCUCAACUCUCAAAUCAAAGUCAGGUGAGUCUUUUUGCAGGACGACAUACCUUCUCUUGGCCCUUGGGGAGCUUUUCAAAAUUUGCAAGGUUUCUUUAUGUGGCAUUUCCAGAGGAGGGUCACAGGGCGGAGAAACAGAAAAGGUUUACCUGGAAUAUCUCAUACAUUCCUGCAUGUAGGCAUCAAAUGUACACCAUUUUUAGAAGCCUACUUUUGUCAGAGUCAGUAGAUGCCAGAAUGAAGUCAUUGCCUAAACACAUUGGCACCCUCACAGCCUUCGACAUUUUGGGAUAUAUGAUCUUCAAAAUCUUGUGUCAUUUGCCUCCCAACCUGCAAUAUUUUCAUAUUUUAAAUUGUGACAGACUGAGCCCUUUGGUGGGAGAUUACUGGGGUUUGCAAGGACUUGGUGGCAAUAUCUUGUAGACGUUUCUCAAGGAACAGCUGCUCAAUGCCACUCUUCGCACUCUAUAUAUUAUGGCCUGUCAGUCUAAAAUUCCUGCCAGGAGAGGAACUUGAACGCCUCUCUUCACUGCAAAGGCUACAUAUUUGUGGGUGUGACAAUACCCAAUUCCUGCCAGAAGAGCGUUUGCUGCCAUCUCUUUCUUAUCUGUGCAUCGACCAUUGUUUUGCCAUGUAGAAAAGGUAUCUCACAUUCCUUGCGUCAAGAUAGGUGAAGAAGUGAUCAUAAGGUAUGAGCUCUCUCUCCCUCUCGCUCACAUACAAAGCUUUUCGCAGGACAACAUAUCUUCUCUUGGAGAGAUAUUCAUUUGCAAGGUUUCUUUAUGUGUCAUUUCCAGAGGAGGGUUUACUAUUUAAUAGAAAGGUUCACCUGGAAUAUCUCAACUGACACAUUCCCAAAUACAAGCAUUGAAUGCACAACAUUUUGAGGUUUUACUUAUCUUGAAUUGCAGAAGCCUACUUUUUGACAUAGGUGGCAUGGCACAAACUCGCAUCCGCAUUUCCUUCCCCAUUGGCAUGCUGUCUCAUCUUUUCUAUUCUGUUACCAGCUUGAAGCUUGUGUAGACAUGUUAUGCUCUUGUAAUUCUGAUCACAAACAUCACUUGACAAAUGGAAAGUCACAAUCAGAUCUUUCAGGUGAUCUGGAGGAACAGACCAAACAUGUUCAUAUGUGGCAUUGCUCAAGUCAUCAUCAUUCGGGACAGAGAAUAAGCCUUCAAAUGUCUGCUGAGUCAAUGAACCUUUCUAGAUAUCUCAAGUGUAAUGGAAAUUGAUGAGUUACAAAGGAUUUGUAAACAUUUUCUACUGGAGGCUAGAAAUGCUUCAAAUAAAUGACUGUGUUGCAAUUAUUUUGUAGGAUCAAAGACUCUGCAAAGAGUUUGUUGAUCUUGGGCAAGUGGAGAGAGAGGCGUCAAGUGAUACACAACAACCAUUUUCUGUGAGCUGAUUUGAUAAAGAGAAAUGGUAUGCUUUCUUGUCUUAAGCGGUGUGUUCUGCAAUUAUUUGAAACAAAGGAUGCCGCACUUCAAGUUCGAGAAAAUCAGGAAAAAAUGGCAGCAGCUUUGAUUGGAGAGGCUCUCAUCUCUGCUUCUAUCGAGGUGUUGUGUGACAGAGUUACUUCAGCCGAGUUCAUAGACUUAUUUCAGCAGAAGAACUUGAUGAAACACUCCUCAUGAACCUGAAGACAACACUGUUGAUUUUGUUUGCGGUGCUCAAUGAUGCAGAGGAGAAGCAAAUUGUGAACCCUGCUGUGAGAGAGUGGCUUAACAGCUCAAGCAUGCUGUCUUUGAUGCAGAGGACUUAUUUGAUGAGAUUGACACUGAAGCUUUGCGAUGCAAGCUGGAAGGAACAGACCAAAUAUGUUCACACGUGGCAUCGCUCAAGUCAUCAUCAUUUCAGACUGAAAAUCAGCCUUCAAGUGUCUGUUGAGCCAAUAAACCUUUCUAGAUAUAUCAAGUGCAAUGGAAAUUCAUGAGUUACAUAGAGAUUUGUAAACAUUUUGAAGAUUGCAACACCUGCAAGUGAGAUAGGCGGUGACGAAAUCAGAGCUGAUUUUGAAGCCUCUGAUGCCCCUGUUGUUGCAAGUUGCACCUGAGAACAUGUUUUUUUUUUCUUUGGGGUAAAAAAACUGGCAACAUGUUCGGAGCUGACAAUUCAAUCCCUGAUGAACUAGAGAAGCGAAGCUCCGGUAAGGAAUUGGUCAAGGUUGUGACAGGGAUGAUUGAUGGUGAAAUGGAUGCUAUUUCUUAUUGCAGCCUGUUCUCAAAGUUCUUGUUGGCAAAUGCAAGAGAUGGAGUAUUUUGAUUGGGAGGAGAUAUAAUGACAUGGCUUGACAAUUCUAGAACAGCCCAUCAUUAAUCCCAGAAAAAAUCCAGUUUCUGCUAAACAAUCACUUAUGGCAAGGCCAACUCUGUAAAUGGAAUUUGUGAUCCCUUGAAAUUGUACACAUUUUUUCUUUUUGAGGAAUUUAAUCAAACAGUAUUCUAAUGUA